UUAUUUUUUUUUUAAUAACCGGAUGUUACGCAGCCAAUGAUGUCAAUACCAGGAAGUUCCAACGCAGCCCACUUGACUAGACGUUGUGCUCGGAAGCUGGAUAACCCUCGUUGACUUUUUUCUUUAUAAACAAAGUGAAACACUCGUAUUUGCUUUGGUGGGGUAUCGUGCUAUGUGGGACUAAACCGCUUCGCUUAUACUCUGUAUCAAUUGUUUGUGCUAGAAAGCUUUAUUUUCGUUUGUGUUAGCUGGCUAGCUAACACGCCAGCUAACAGCUAGUUAAGGUUGUUUUGGUUAUCAAUGUGAACAUUAACGUCACAUCGACGGUUUAUAAAGGAUAGCGUGAGUGUAAGCCGUGGGCAGUGUACCAGCGAGUUAACCAGCUAACUUUAACGUCAAACGGCGGUCGUCUAGCUUUAGCUAACCAUUGUUGGCGGGCGUCUGGUUUGUCCCUUGCCCCGAAUAGUGAACGUCUGGCGAGCUUGAAAAGCUCCCCGUGAACCGGACCCAAUGCGUGGGAUGAUGGGGACCCAGAGUAGUCCAGUCAAGAGUUACGAUUAUCUCCUGAAAUUUCUAUUGGUGGGAGACAGCGAUGUGGGAAAGGGGGAAAUCUUGGACAGUUUACAAGACGGAUCGGUCGAGUCUCCCUAUGCCUACAGCAGUGGGAUUGAUUACAAGACCACCACGAUUCUGCUGGAUGGGAGAAGAGUGAAAUUAGAGUUAUGGGACACGUCGGGUCAAGGCAGAUUCUGCACCAUCUUCAGGUCUUACUCUCGUGGAGCACAGGGCAUCCUGCUUGUCUAUGACAUCACUAACGGCUGGUCCUUUGAUGGUAUUGACCGCUGGAUACGGGAAAUUGAUGAGCAUGCCCCAGGUGUACCCAGGAUCCUGGUGGGGAAUCGGCUUCACCUGGCUUUCAAGCGGCAGGUACCUACGGAGCAGGCGAGGGCCUAUGCUGAGAAGAACAGCAUGACUUUUUUUGAGGUCAGUCCGCUGUGCAACUUCAACGUCAUCGAAUCCUUCACCGAACUUUCACGCAUUGUGCUGAUGAGGCACGGGAUGGAGAAAUUCUGGAAGCCCAACAGAGUCUUCAGCCUCCAAGAUUUGUGCUGCCGUUCGAUCGUCUCCUGCACACCGGUUCACCUCAUUGACAAACUGCCCCUUCCUGUGGCCAUCAAGUCGCACCUCAAGUCUUUCUCCAUGGCCAACGGCAUGAAUGCAGUCAUGAUGCACGGACGCUCCUACUCAGUGGCCAACAGCACAGCAGCUGGCGGCAGCAGCGGCGGAAGCAAACCCAAUAGUCUCAAGCGCUCGAAGUCUUUCAGGCCUCCGCAGAGCCCUCCAAAGACCUCUUCGUCAUCCUCUAAGGGGAGCUGUAAGAUUUCAUAGUGAAGGAGUGGACUAAUGGUUGCCUCCAUAGGGCUAGUAUUAAAGGUGUUGUUGCUCCAAGAGGUCACGAGGCCACGGGAGAGCACCAAGAGCUACCAGCAACGGAAAUAGCUGUGAACUUUCAUUCACCCUUGGGAAGUGACUUGGAUUGGUUUCUGUUCUCUUUGCGCCUGCUGGUGCCAUCUUGUGGAUGUCCGUUUACCCGUACUCUUCAAUACUGAGGGCUUGCUUUGAUCAAGUAGAACCAGAU